UGCGAACCACCUGCACCACCAAUUCCACAGUUCCCUCGUUGCUUCUGCAGAGACACUGUACCUGACGGGCUAAUCCGCUCGCCGACGGUACUUUUUUUCUUUUUUUUCCGAGUGCGGCUCAUAUUGUAGUAGCUAUGGCCGACUAUCUUCUCUUUGAGGCCCCCAUGGGCUAUUCGCUUUUCAAAGUCGCCCACCAGGCUGACACCGUUGGGAAUCGCCUGAAAGAAGUCCAGGAAGGCGUCGCUGAUCUCGCUAAAUUCGGGAAGAUGGUUGACCUCGUCAGCUUUCUGCCUUUUGAGAACAACAAGCAGGCUCUUAGCGAAAUUAAUGACAUUUCAGAGGGUGUUGCAUCCGAUACGCUUAUCUCUUUCCUCGAACUCAACCUACCAAAGGCGGGCAAGAAGAAGAAAGUGAGCUUGGGAGUGUACGACAAAGUUUUGGCAUCAAGCAUCAAGGCUGCUUUCCCAUCUGUGGACUGCGAAACUGGAGACACCAGUGAGGUGGUGCAGGAUAUGCUACGAGGAAUUCGGCUGCAUUCGACGAAGCUUAUGAAGUCGCUCCGCGAAGGUGACUUGGAUACUGCCCAACUGGGUCUGGGCCAUGCCUAUUCUCGUGCUAAAGUCAAGUUCUCUGUUCAGCGAGAUGACAACCAUAUUAUCCAGGCCAUUGCCAUUCUAGAUCAACUAGAUAAGGCUAUCAACACAUUUUCCAUGAGAGUGCGAGAAUGGUACUCUUGGCACUUUCCUGAGCUUAUCAAGAUCGUCUCGGAAAAUCACCGUUACGCUCAGGUUGCGCUUUUUGUUCAAGACAAAAAAUCCUUGACUGAUGACCGCUUGCACGAUCUUGCUGCAUUAGUGGAGGACGAUGAGGGUGUCGCCCGUAGUGUCAUCGAGGCUGCCAAACACAGUAUGGGUCAAGACAUUUCGGAGAGUGACAUGGAAAAUGUGAUCUCUUUCGCCCAGCGCGUCGUCAGCUUGGCAAACUAUCGCAAAUCUCUACACUCAUAUUUGGUUUCUAAGAUGAGCGUGGUCGCCCCGAAUCUGGCUGCUCUGAUCGGUGAGAUCGUUGGUGCUCGUCUUAUCUCUCACGCCGGAAGCUUAACCAACCUCUCCAAAUACCCUGCGUCUACCGUCCAGAUUCUAGGCGCAGAAAAGGCCCUGUUCAGAGCGCUCAAGACCAAGGGAAACACUCCUAAGUAUGGCUUGCUGUAUCACUCGUCUUUCAUUGGUAGAGCCGGACCGAAGAACAAAGGCAGAAUCUCCCGUUUCCUUGCCAACAAGUGUUCGAUUGCCUCUAGAAUUGAUAACUUCUCUGAGGCCCCAUCAACAAGGUUUGGAGAAGCCCUGAAGAAACAAGUUGAAGAGCGGUUGGAAUUCUACGCAUCGGGCGCACCGCCUACUAAGAACGAAAUUGCUAUGAAAAAUGCAAUGGAUUCUAUCCUGGCUGAUAUCGACGUCGAUGCCCCAGAAGAUAGUGAUGUAGACAUGGACGAUGAAGAGCCAAAACCCGAGAAAAAAGAGAAGAAGGACAAGAAGGACAAAAAGGAAAAGAAGGAGAAGAAAGAAAAGAAAGAGAAGAAAGAGAAGAAAGACAAGGAAGACAAGGAAGACAAGAAGGAUAAGAAAAAGCGGAAGCGUGAUAGUGAGGUGGACUCAUCUAAGAAGAAAUCCAAGGCCUAGUCGAUCCUCAGUGUGCGAAAGGAUUCAGUCAUUCGUGUGUGGCGUUGCUUGGGAUUGUCGGCGCUUGUUGCUUUUCUUCUGUGCUCAAAUUUGCUGAGAUUUAUUUGUGCUUGAUGCUUUAUGUGGGAUUCUCUGCUUUGUAGAAAUACAAAUGUAUAUUUCAGUUUUU